AUGCGGUUCAAGGCGAGUAUACGAAACAUUUCUACUUUCACCAAGUUCACAGCAUCACUUGCCACUCUCGGACACAUCGCUUGGGUUCGUCUCGAUGAAGAGUUCGCACGGUUCACCGUCAUCCCGGAGCAGGGCAGCCAAGUAUGGUCGGUGCUCUCUAUCGAUACCAUCUUUGAAAAGGACGAGUACACAAUUCAGUCAGCCGCGGAGAACAACACGAUCAACUUGGAGGUGCCGCUUGCGCCGCUGCAGCGAGCACUGAAGAGCGCCCAGCAUGGCCAGGCUACUUCUGCGAGCAUUCGUCUCACCAAAAAGGACAACAUACCGCUGCUUUCACUGACCAUCACCACCCAAGCGACGACUGGCAGUGCUCCUACUGGCUCGAAUGGAUACCCGGGGAAUGGGGAGUUGGAUGGCACAGGCUUUGGUGCGACCGAGUCCUUUCCACAGCAGAGUGAGGAGUUCUUCGGACGCUUUACAGAACGAGAAGUCACUAUUACACAAGACGUGCCCGUGCGCGUCCUGGCUCCAGCUUCGGUCGAAGGUCUGCACGAACCGCGAUGUCGUGACCCAGAAGUACAUCUCACGCUACCCAAUUUGAUGCAGCUCAAAGGUAUCAGUGACCGCUUCACCAAGCUCGCCAUGCCGGGCAAGGCCACGACCCGAACAGGCUUCAACAGUGCCGCCUCGGGACCCAAGCUCGAGUUGAGUGCCAAUGCGCACGGCUGCUUGAAGCUAGCCCUCAACACUGAUGCCAUGCGAAUCAGCAGUCUAUGGACCGGUCUCGAGAACCCGGAGCUUGAUCCAAGUCAGGUGGCCGACGGCGAAGAAGGACUUGCGAAUCACCCUAGCACAAGGAUGAAGAACUUGGGCGACGCAUCUGGCCAGAGCGAUGAAGGCUGGGCCACAGUGAGAAUCGAAGGUCGCGACUGGGGUAGAGUGCUCAGCGUUGGUCGACUGGGCGGCAGGGUCAUCGCAUGUUUCUGCCACGAACACGCAUUGGUCCUGUACGUGUUUCUGACAGAUCCAGAGACUGGAGGCGAUGCAGAAGGGUCCGUAUUGGCAUACUACACAUCCUCUUAUGCGACAUGA